CAGGUCACGGUCACUCUGGAAUGAAAAUUCAAACAAACCUGGCGUCCGUCUGUAAAAUGUAAAUGAAAUAAAAGGAAAAAUGGCAUCCAAAGUGGAACAGCAAUACAAACUUCUAAACGCGGAGCUUAUGGACCAGGUGCAGAAGCAGCGCAUUGAAAUCGGUCUGUACAAGAAGGAACUGAUAGCGCUAAAGCACGAAAACAUGGAGUUGCGGGAGGCACGAAUUCUGCAGAUUGCACGCCAACGUCAAGAUCACAUCGGCAUCGUAAAGAGCCUUAUGCGGCGCUUGGAAAUUGAUGCCAAGUCUCUGACGGAUAUAAACCAAUCCCCGGAAAAGGAGUCGAUAUCGUCAGAGGCUUCGUAUGUGGUCAACAGGCAAAGUCAGAAGCGUCGCAGCUCCAGGGAAAUUUGCCUGGAAAUGAGGCAGUCCAGCGCCUUGGCUAGCAGCUCCAGAACCAUAUCCCCCGCCAGACGCCGUAGCACAAUUUCGGAGGAACCAAAUGAAGCGCCUAGACUAAAGCACACGCCUCCGUCACGAAGGGUAGUGGAGAUAGCGAAUGAUAGAUCUGAUUUAGUUAGCAGCCCCAAAACAAUCUCCCCCACCAGACGCCGGGCCAUAAUACCGGAGGAACGAAGGAAUGAAGCUCCUAAACUCACGCACACGCCUCCACCACGAAGGGUAGCGGAGAUAGCGAUUGAUAGCUCCUCCGAAGAUGAAGUGGACGUAGAUAACACGAGCACCGCCCAAGACGAGCAGAAGCCGAUUGAGGAACUACCACCGAGAAAGAGUGACGAUGACUUGGGCACCAUUAUCGAGGAUACCGACGAGGAGACAACUGUAUCUUCUUCAAGCUACUCUUCUUCGCCCAUCUCCUGCGAUUCAACCAUUGAGGAAUUCACUCUGCCACGACAAGUUCUUCGGUCACUCGAUCAAAAUGUAGCCAACGGCGGGAUGUUGACUCGGGGGAAGGGCAAGCCCACAAAGCCCUUGGCCUUGAAUAAAGAUAACUCCACCGAGGAGCAGCGCAGCAUACAGUUGCCAAGACUGCUGGUGACCGGACCCAGUGCCACGCUCGUUGAUUCUCUGAUGAGUAUUCCAUCGUUUGCGUCGGAUGCCAGCAAAUUAAGCCCCAGGCGUAGCAUGUUUGAAGGAAAUUUUCGAUUGAGUGGCACAAACACCAGCACUCCGAUUCCCAAUAGGUCGUCACCACAGGGAAAUAUGACUGCAAAAAAGACAAGCGAAGUGUCCGCAAAGGCUAGCAGGUGGCAGCCCAACGUAAGAGUUCGGAAACUAAGGUCUGAACCCAAGGAAGCGGAGCAAACGACGGAUUUGUCCACAACCAGUUUCAGCAGCAACGAGCGACGACCAAGUCGCAAGUGCCGGCCUACUCAACUAUCGGAGCCCAACCUAAGAACCAAAAUGCGAAACUCAUCAGUGGGCAAAAAGAUUAAUUAAGAAUUAUUCAUUCUUUAUUAUUGUUUAUUU